AGCCAGCGGUUGGGCAGGGAGCAGGGAAGCCCAGGAUAGGGAAAGCUGGGGGGGGGGAAGAGGGCGCUGGGGCUCAUAGCUGCCAGGCAGGAAGUUGGGGGGAGUGAGCAAGCCAGCUCUGGGAAGUUUGCAAAGCUGUCAGUGUGUGAGGAGUGAGCGGCUGCACAGAGCCCUCUCGGCCCGUGUCGUGCCUGCAGGCUGAGUGUCAGGGAGAAGGCCAGAAAGAAAGGAGGACUCCUGCUCUGCCAGCAUCACUUGGCCCUGCUGUCAAGGCCUAAGGGCCCAGGCCAUGUGCAGCUGACCCGAGGACCCAGGGAGAGGAUCACCAAGAACUGGGAAUGGCCGGACCUGGGGCCAUCGCAUGGCUCUGUAUUUGGUGGGGCCUCCUGGCCAGAGAGGUCUGGGGCAUGAACUAUCCUCCCAGGUACAAUCUAUACACAGGAAGCAACUUGCCUUUCACACAGCUCCAAGGGACAGCACAAGCAACCAAUGGGGCCCGAGUGGCCAGCCGCCACAGGAACUGGUGUGCUUAUGUGGUAUCACGGAGUGUGAGCUGUGUGGUGGAAGAUGGAGUCGACACGUAUGUGAAACCAGAUUAUCAGCCAUGUGUUUGGGGACAACUCCAGUGUCCUCGUGUUGUCACAUAUCGAAGUUUUGUGCGCCCACGCUAUAAGGUGGCCUAUAAGAUGGUCUCAGACUUGGAGUGGCGCUGCUGCCCUGGCUAUUCAGGCAAUGACUGUGCCGAAAGCGGGACGCUACUUGCUACCAGCCGACCACGACCCCAGCCUGGUCAACCCAACCUAUCCGGCUUUGGCAACCCACUCAGUGGUGGAGAAGGACACAGGGACUCAGCGAAAGUCCAACAGCUGGAAGAAAAAGUGCAGAGCCUGACCAAGCAACUGCAAGACUUGCAGUCCACCAUGCAGGCCAAUAACGCCAAGCUGACCGAAGAUGUGCGCCGGGCAAUGGAGACCUCCCUGAACGGCAAGCAGCCAGCAGACGCCGCCGCACACCCGGAGAUGAAGGAAACCCUCAAUGAGAUCCAGCGCCACUUGCAGCGCCUCGACAACCGCAUCACCAGCCACGAGAACGGGCGAGGCACGGGCGGCAGCGGGUCAGACGUCCGGGGCGAGGUCAUCCGGGAGGUGGAGCGGCGCUUGCAGGACUCCUGCGCCUCCUGCCAGACGGGCGUGGAGGGGCUGAAGCGGCAGCAAGCCGACGACCACGACCGAAUGCGAGCUCUGGAGAAGUUGCUUUCCUCCCAGGACCAGCGGAACCGCGAAGCCGUGAGCGCCAUCCAGCAGCACGUCAGCCGCCUGGCCGAGCAGCUGCCCAAGGCGUGCUGCCCUCAGAGGGAGAGUCGGGUGGGCGAGCUGGAGCGCCGCCUGGAAACCGUGUCCGAUUCGGUAGCCGCGCUUAACGAGCACGUGGGAGGCCGGCCGCAGCCACAGGCGCCCUGGAGCGUGGACAGCCGAAUGACCGAAAUGGAGAGCCGCGUCAACACCACGCAGCGCAGCCUGGAGGAGCACUUGGUGGACUUGCAGGUCAUGCUGCAGGGAGCGGACGAUCGGCUCGGCCGGGCUGAGAGGCAGCUCGACUUCCUCUUCUCCCGUCUGAACGAUUUCCAGAGCCACGUGGGCCGCGCUCUGGCCAAUCUGUCGCGGGACAUCGGCGGGCUGAAGGACAGUAGCCUGCAGCAGCAGGGGGCGCUGGAGCGGGUCCGCGUCUCGGUUCACGCCUGCACCCAGAUCUGCACCGAACCGGGCAACCAGGACUCGCAGAUCAGCAGUAUCUUAAGCGACCUGGAACGGCGCGUGCUGGACAACGAGGGGCAACUGCGCUUGCUGGGCUCCAACCUCCACCAGCUCGACGUGUCGGGGAAAUUGCGAAACUUGCAAGGCUUGGUGGGAGCAAAUAGCGAAGCCCUUAGCAAGCUGGCCGGAGAAAUUGGCGAGCUUGAGAACCAGAUGGUGAUUUCCAUGAGUGCAGGGCCGCCAGAUUUAAUACGUUAUUCCAAUCGCACCAAUAAGCGCCUGGAUAAAUUGGAGCAAGAGGUCGAAAGGUUGGAACACCAUCCCUGCAGUCAGAGCUGCUCCCAGCUAUGGGGAGAAAUGAGACAGCUCAGGGAACAAGUGGAAACCUGCCAAACAGCCUGCCAACCAAUGGGAAAAAAGCCAGCACUGGGUACAGAGCAAGGGGAGACCUCCAAACCUUUGGAUGGCUUCAGCGUGACUGGCGGCAGCUCUAGCAUCCACCUUCAGUCUUUGCAGGGAGAGCUCUCCGAGGUGAUCUUGGGCUUCAGCUCACUCAAUGAGACACUGGCUGGGCUGCAGGCCACGGUGGAAAAGCAUGAAACCGACAUCCAUGAGCUGGGCACUACCAAGGAUCGCAUCAUCACAGAGAUCAACCGCGUACAGCAGGACGUGACGGAGCAUGUGGGCGAGAGUGACGUGCGCUUCCAGGACCUGGGUCAUGAGAUCCAUCGGUUUAGCGGUACUCUUCAAGUGGAGGCAUCAGACUGUCGGAGGGCCUCUGGAGGUCUGGCAGAGCGACUGACUAAGCUGGAAGGCACUUGUGAACGACUGGACCAUGUCUCAGGGAGCUUGCGCAAGAUUAAGGAAGGGCUGGACAAGCACAUAUCGGCUUUGUGGGGCUGCAUUCAUGAAGUGAAUGGGACUCUGCGCAGCCACGGAACCUUGUUAGAGAAGAUCCACGGCAGCCAGUUGGGCACCAUCCACCGCCACCUCAGUACUCUUAAUGGCUCCCUUCAUACUCUGAAGGGUCAGCUGCAUGACCUCACCCUGCAGGACUUCACAGGCCCUCCAGGUCUUCCAGGUCCCAUGGGAAAACAGGGCCCCCCAGGCCCGAUGGGAGCUCCUGGCAAGGAUGGAAAGACUGGCAUGGAGGGACCUCCAGGUUUCCCUGGAAAACAAGGACCACCAGGUCCACCUGGAAGAGUGCUCAAAGUCUCCUUCUCAGCGGCUCUGACAACCUGGCAUUUCAGUACUGGAACCAUCAUCUUUGACAAGGAGCUGGUGAACGAUGGCAAUUUCUAUAACCCAAAUACAGGAAUUUUCACAGCUCCUGUUUCUGGCCGCUAUCUGGUCAGCGCAAUUUUGACUGGGCACAGAGGUGAGAAGGUUGAGGCGGUGCUCUCCCUUUCCAACAAGGCCAUUGCCCGCAGCGACUCAGCUGGAUAUCAGCCUGAAGGACUGGAGAACAAACCGGUGGCUGAAAGCCAACCAAGUGCUGGUGCUUUGGCAGUCUUCACUCUCAUUGUCCCAAUGGAGUCUGAUGAGACCCUUUGUGUGGACCUCGUGUCUGGCCAGCUAGCCCACUCUCCAGAUGAGCCACUGACAGUUUUCAGUGCUGCCUUGCUUUAUGAGGAAGAUUUGGGGGUCCAUAUAGUUCCUCAAUGGGGGUAGGGAGCAGCCCAAAGCAGCCCACAGCCCAGCAGGGAAAGGGAUCCCAAGGAACCCCAACUUGCACCCUAAUAACACCUCUGUUCUUCCUUUCUGGGCUGGUAUCACCGAGCGAUGGUAGAGAUAUAGUGAUUAAGGUGUUGGAUUCGGACUAGGGAAAAGCAGGGUCAAGUCUUCUCUUAGCCAUGGAAGUUCACGGAGUGACUUUGGGCCAUUUACUCUCUUUUAGGCCAGCCUACCUCACAGGGUUGCUGUUGUGGGGAUAAAACAACAGGCAUUCCCAUGGAAACUGCCUUGAACCUUGGUGGAAAGGCAAGGUAUAAAUCUAAUAAACCAAUACAUUGGCAGCUUUUGCCACCCCAGAUUCCUGAGAACUUAAGUUGUUUCAAGCAAACUUUUUGCUGGCACUUCCUAUUUCCCUCCUGCCCGCCCUAAGGCAUGAACCAUGGAGAGUUUCCGCCUUUCAAAGGCCCUGCAGGCUAUGCUAUAGGUGUAUUAGUACUCCCUGCAUUGUCUAGAAGAAAAAGGCAGAAAGUGCAGCUGCCUAGACCAAGAGAACAUGUUGUCAAUGACAGUGAUGGCAAACCUAUGACAUGCAUGUCAAAGCUGACACACCACAACAUUUUGAGUAACUCUCCAGAGUUUAUGCCAACGUUCAACAACUAUUCUCAAAAGCACACCCCAUUCUCCUGCAAUUUUCAGAGGCUGUGGAGGCCAGGCAAGAAUGAGGUGUGCUUUGGUACAGCUGCUGGGUCCUCCAGAAGUCAGGCAAGAGGGUCAUGCUCUUACAUAGCCUCCUAAGCCUCUGAAAAUCAUGCAAGAACAGAUCGUGCUUUUGUGUGGUUUCUAGAGGCUGUGAAAGCCAUGGAAGAGCAUUCUCCAAAGCCUUAUUUGACCUGAAGCAAAAUCAGGUGGGCUGCAAGAACCAGUUAACAGAAGGAGAACAUCCCCUAAAGGUAAGUGGCACAUAGCAGAUGCUGGGGAAUGUUGGGCCAUGGGGGCAAUUCUGCCAUAGCCUGAAGCUUUUGUGCCUUUAUUAGCGGCAGUGGUGGUGCUAGGGAUGAAGUUGAGGCCUGGGCUAAUGUUCAGGGUGGCUUAGAUGCGGUAGAUAGAGAAUUAUUUCUCUUUUGUUUGGGGUGUGUGUUUGUGUGUGUGUGUGUGUGUGUGUGUGUGUGUGUGUGAGAGAGAGAGAGAGAGAGAGAGAGAGAGAGAGGUCAGCAGAGUUAAGUGUUUUCUGAAGUUUUGACAUGUCGAGCCAAAAAGUUCGCCAUCAUUGGUUUAGGAAUUAGCCCUUCCUUACUUGCUGUGGAAUGGAGGGAAGAAUCCUUUUUGUUAUUUAUCUGUGUCUGUCAUUUCCUGGAAAAAAUGCCCACUGCUCUUUUUUGCAUCGCCAACUGACUCCCUGCUUUGCCCACAUUUUCUCACAACCCGCAUUGUCUCAUCUAAUCAUGUCUGCUGCCAAGCUGCCAAAAACCAGGCCAAUUUGCUAUAGAUUUAAGAGUCCUGGAUUUCUAAGCCACAAAGCCACUAAUUCCUACAAUAAGCGAGGAAGAAAAGAUAUCUUUUGCAAUCUUUUUGGCAGAGUUGUAAGCAGAGGAAGGUGGUGAUGAAUGGAAAGUAAUUCCACCUCUCUCUGUUUCGUCCCUUAUGUAUAUGCUGUAUAAUGGCUAAAUUCAGCUAAUGAUAUAAUUAUUGAAUAAAUUUUUUUUUUUAAAAAAAAG